GUGGAGGAACUCAGGUUUCCCCGCGAUAGCCGCAAGAUCCUGCUCUUCUUUCGCAAGAACCCCUACUUCCGGAACGAAGUCGUUGUGAAGGAGUAUGUCCUCAGUGCUGCUGGGUACAGGCUGUCUCAUUCCACUCCCAUCCAGUGGCACCAGAAAUAGGAACGGGAGGCCUACAGUCGCAGGCAACACAACACCAGUCCUAACUUCUUCAACUGGUUCUCGGACCACAGCUUUGCCGGGUCUAGCAGGAUAGCUGAGAUCAUCCGGGACGACCUGUGGCGCAACCCCCUGCAGUACUAUGUGAGGACGAAGGCUCCAGGAGAGGGAACCGAGCAGAGGACAG